CGUCGUGCAGCCGCGGCCGCAGUGUCGGUUCGCCUCACGCCUGCCUAGCUUUUUAAAGCAAAAUUCCCCAUUUUGCACGUUUGAAUUGGCUUAACACUAGGUGUGACAUUGCAACAAUGACGCCUCCAACAAGAAAUGGACUUUUUAGGGGAAGACAGUCGUUUUUUAACGCCGUGUUAGUCGUGUUUUUGUUGCUGUCUCCGCUCGCGUCGUGUGACAUCCACCGUGCCAAAACGCAUACGGGGAAAGUCUCCCCCUACCCGACUAGUCAGCUGCGUGCCAACCGUGAAAAGAGCAACGUCAACGGUGAAGCUGUGGUGGUUUCAGAUGACGAGGGCGAGUUAUUCUCGGAGUUCAAGACGGAAUCGGAAGCCAAGGGUCUGGAGGCGUGGGUGUGUGCUCUGCUGGCGACCGUACUGGUUGGAAUGACUGGAAUAUUCCCGCUUUUGCUGCCCAUUGACAUCGGACCUGAUGUGCAGAAUGGAGAAGGGGCAGCAAAAUUCAAGUGCCUCCUCAGUUUUGCAGUCGGGGGUCUCCUCGGCGAUGUGUUCCUUCAUCUGAUGCCAGAGGCGUGGUCGCACAUUGCUCCAGAGGAUCACGAUGGUCAGAUGAGGAUCGGGAUGUGGGUAUUGGCUGGAAUUUUUACCUUUCUCGUUCUAGAGAAAAUUUUUGGAGAUGGCGAGAGCCACCAACAUGAGGAUGUGGACUCCAAGAGCAAAGUUGCCGACGGCGCCUGUAAAGAACGCAGAGCUGCAGCUCACACGGCACUGCCAGAUGCCAUCUUGCCGCCCUCUAUGAAUGGCCGGGCUGCCAUCUUGCCCAAGACCAAGAAGAAGACUAGGAAGAGAAAAAGGACGCACGAAAACGGGCGGAGCAAGGGCGGAGCCAUGGCUAACGGCUUGAUGGCCAACGGGCAUGCAGUGAGCCAAGUCGGGCGGAGCAGGACAGCUGGUUGUCAGGCAGAAGACAACCGAGAAAUUAAAGUCAAGGUUAUCGGGUACCUCAAUCUUCUCGCCAAUUUCAUCGACAACUUCACCCACGGCUUGGCAGUUGCCGGCAGUUUCCUGGUCAGCAAUAAGGUUGGUUUACUGACAACUGCUGCAAUUCUGCUGCAUGAAAUUCCUCAUGAGAUUGGGGACUUUGCGAUCCUGUUGCAGUCGGGUUUCGGCAGAUGGCAAGCCGCCAAAGCCCAGGUCUGCACAGCGACAGGGGGUCUCUGCGGGGCUCUGCUCGCCCUCAUGUCAGAGUCGGCCGAAAAAGCAGGUGACAGUGCAGCAUGGAUUCUACCAUUCACUUCAGGGGGGUUUCUAAAUAUUGCCCUGGUGACAGUACUACCGGAUCUGCUGGAGGAAAGCAACCCAAGGGAGAGCAUCAAACAAGUUGUCUUUCUCCUGUGCGGCGUGGCCGUCAUGGGUGCCGUCAAUCUCAUUGUGGACUGAAGAACAGGUUGAGGAACAUAGUCGGCGUGGCCUGCCAGCUGAGAGUGCUGCCAGGCGAGAAAUCGGGUCAGCUCAGACGGAUCAGGUUUAUCAAUCGCAGUUUAGUUGAUCAGCCCCAGACCGCCUCGUGAAGAUCGCACGACAGUGUCUGCAUCAGGUGAUGGUCGUGUGGACGGUAUCGACCAGGUUUAUUGGUCUCCAUGAAGGGGACAAAAUAAGAGCUAUCCCUUUGAAUGAUAAUGUGAUAAUAACUGUGGCUUCUGGGUCAUCUUUAAGUCUCUCGUUUUUAUGCAAGUGAUGUGCACAGUUCUGCCUUCGUAGCAGCGCAAACUGAGUAACUGGUAUAACGUUACUCAAGUGUAUCGUGCACGUAUACAGUAGGUGUGUAAUAAUUUAUCAUCUUCUAUGCAGGUGUCAGUGGCGUAGUCGCAAACUUGCCUUUAUUUUUUUUAUGCCGAGAAACUGCUUGAACUAAUGCUUUUUCUGGUAAUUACAGAAAAGAAAAAACUACCAUUAUUAAAAACCUUAAAAAAGUGAAUUAAUUUUAGUUAUUUUAUUUUGAUUGCCUUUUAUUUUUUUCAACCUGAAUCAUAGCCAUGACUUCACUCAGAAUUAUUUUUUCACUGUAAAUACAAAUAUGAUAAUAGUACUUUUUUAUCAACCUAAACGUGAGUUACAGAUGGACUUAAUCUUAACUUAAUGGGUUUUUCCAGUAUUGCUGAAAAAUUAUGGAACUUUAAUUCUUAAAUACACUCACAUGUAUAGCGGUCAAAGAAAUGUAAGCUCGGGAAGUAUUGUACAUAUUUACAAAGGAAUUUCACUGUUUCAUGGUUUGAUCUGUCAUUAGGAUUAUGCUUCUGUAAUCGCAAUUGGUGACAUUGCUGAACAUUGUGUGCACUCUGCAUCAGCUGAAACCAACUGAAAAGGGUCCAUUUGUCGUAUGCACUAAUUAUGUUUUGUAAUUGGUACGAGUACUGACGGGUACUCCCGGUUUAUAGGCUUUAUGCAGUGUCCAUUGGGAACGCUUCAAGGUAGUUCGCUGCAGAGCCGUGCAGAGCAUAGAGGUCAUAAGCACAUAAGCACACAAACAACUUGGAACCCCGUAGACACUCGCACGGGCCCAUGUGUGAAACGUGCACAAGUGCACGAGACGUGACACGCAUCUGAAUUGAUGACGUCGGAAACAUUUUUAAAAGCUUCAUGCAGAAGACUACAGACUGAAUCGUUCGAGUGCGUAAGCGCGUGCACGUUACAUGACAAUGCAAUAAAACAGCAUGUCACCCUGUUCUCGGGCAAACUUGGCGCAUAAUGUACAAGAACAGGCCUGACACCUGUAGCUUUACAGUGGUCCCUAUGGUGUAGAGAGAGUUGCGACAUGAGUGUCACCGUUGUUGGAAACAGACUGGCAGGUGUAAUGUAGCAGUGCACGCUGACAGUCGGUAUACAAGAGCUACAUGCCCGAUACUGUACACACAAUGAACAGCCAUUUUGUUUCCAAGCUCUGAAGCUGGUGCUAUACUGUCUCCAUACAACUGUAGGUCACCGCAGAGCCUUCUGUGGAGAGAGUUGUGACAUCUUCAAACUAGGAGCCAGUUUUUACUCUGGAAGUGCACCCCGAGGGGCACAGGAUGCGCGCUUUGCACUGGGAGCAAUUCACUCACCCGUCAGUGUUUGCCUUUCAUAUCCGGCAAGAUAUGGGAUGGAGGGAACCCCCCCUUCCUCCGAAACUCAAAGUUACACAUCGCUCCCGGAUGUCUGAAACGAUUCCCUGAGAUUGGGGUCAAACAAUGACCCACACGAAAGGGGAGUUCUCUCCGUCCCAUAUCUUGCUUCAAAUGUAGCAUUUUGCCCUGUCCAAUGGAUUAACGCAUCCCCAUGCAAAAUGGCCAACAGUAUUAGAAAGGUGUUCUAAAACAACUGCGAAAGAAAGCGAAGUAGUGUUCGUGUCAUGAAUGUGAACAGGGCUCGAGGAAGCUGACAGUGCGUCUCUUCAGACGUUCAGAUGGACGGGGUUAUUAUAAACCCUUGCAUGAACGGAUUUCUAAUGACAGCUGUGUGUAACUUUUUUUAAAUAAAGCAGUAUAUUUUAAAUACUAUAUGCCAGAA